UUAAGAUCUGGCGUCAUUUUGUGUCAGGUUAUAAAUCAAUUAAGACCUAAUUCAAUUAAAAAAAUUAAUUUAGCACCGACCCCAUUCUAUCAAAUGGAAAAUAUUGCACAAUUUUUAAGAGUUUGUGAAAGUGUUGGCGUGGACAAAAGAGAUUUAUUUCAUUCAUUGGAUCUCUACGAAAUGAGAAAUAUGAAAUCAGUAGUCGCAACCAUUCAUGCAUUGGCA